CAAGUCAAGACCAACCAGGUUAGUUGCGACGAGAAGCUUAGUUAGGCUAGGCUUGGCUAGGCUAGGUUGUCGGCUGUCCAACAUGAACAUGUCUGCCGUCAGACCCACGAUCUUUUUAGAAUUUGCGGUGUUCUCAGUUUUGUCUGCCCUGCUAUUUCUUUUAUUUAUUCGUAACCAGUCAUGUUCGUUUUCACGUCCUGUUGUAGCCACCAUUUCAUCAUGGUACUGGUCGUGGUUGUCAAGGAAGGAGACGGGAAGAAGUUUAUAUCUGGAACAUCUGUCCUAGAGAUUAUCUUGAAGGCGAAAGAGAGCUUCGGUAUGACAGAUGAGUGCCCCACGUCGGAUUUUAAGCUAUGUGUGACUUCAGGAGAGGCAAGUGGCCUAGAAGUUGAGGAUGAUGACACUUUUAAUGAAUUGGUUAAAUCACGUAAACCAGAGUUGUUGUCACUUGAGUUCCUUUCUAAAGACAAGAGCUGUUCUGGUAUGUAUGAUUUCAUUGGUUACUUCCCUAUUGUCUCUAAUUAUCCACUCAUUUGUUAA